GAACCCCGUUGGACCUUCCGGUCACAGCAGGUAGCGGUCAAAGAUGGCUGGAGAGGUAACGGAAGCGGAGGCCGAAGAAGAACUAGAGGCGGAAGACGAACAAUUUGUUUAUCAGCAAUCUGACGGCGUCAUUCUGAGGAUCGAAAUGGAAGGAGAAAACAGACACCGAGACAACAAACGCGGUAUUCCCAGACCCGUCAACGACAAGACCAGGCUGAGGGCAACGAUACCCACGAGUCAGACCAGGGCUCCCGCGGUCGGGGCUAGCUCAAAGCCCAAUGCUCACGUCAAUCCAGGAUUCGAAAACGACGAAGUUUUUGCUGCAGAAAAUGAGAGGAGAGACUCGUUCGGUAUGUCGCCAUCCAGAAAUCUGCAGCAAAGGAACCGGGGAAGCGGCGGGAAAGGAUCCAAUGUGUUGCCCCAAUACACGCAAUAUCGUAGCGUGGAGAGUGAGGAUGGGGGGUAUAUUAAUCAGACCCAAAGUCUGCACCAAAGACCAACAGCUAAACCAAGAAACCAGGCCAGUAACUCGAAAAGAGAUAUGCUUCACUCAAGGGACAAGCGGAUCGACGACCCGGAAGGGGAUCUCAUACCCAUGAGGGAGAUUCAUCCAAAGUCGGAAGCUAAGUCAGCCAAAGAAAAUGUUUACCACGAGCCAGACUCCCCGAGAGGGAGAAAGCUGCCAGACUUGCACGGCCACCAAUCCAAACUUCCGUUUGUAGUGAAAGUGGAUCAAGUGCAGUCUGUACCCCCGAGAAAACAACCACAGCCGCCCCCUCCCCGCCUACGUCACCAAAACGACGUGGAAGACAACGACUACGGGAGUUUGCGACCGGCCAUCAGAAGUCUUUCCAGAAUGCCCCCGUCUCUCGAGGAAGAUUCCUACUUGAAACUGCCCUCCGUUGUUUCCGUUUCCAGAUCUCAGUCGCUCAGAUCGCCGACCGAUCGCGACCCGAGGAAAGCGAAACCCCGGAAGUUGCUCCGGGACUUGAGUUUUUCAGACGCAGACGCCAAGACUGUGCGGAAUUAUGGGGAGUUGUCGGGGGCGAGCGCUCUGCCGCGGAGAAAACCCAUACGGAGGUCAGCGGUCAAGGAAGAGGAGGAGCCUGAGGGGGAGGAGGCCACAGCUGCGGGCUAUCAGGCGAAAAUCUCCGCCGACGUGCGCUCACAUCUGGUCACGUUGAUGCAAGAGCUCAUCGAUCGAGGCAAGGUGAAGCAGGUGGCCGUCAUUGAACGCGACUGCGAAGCCAUGUUGGCGUCCGUGCCAACGUGGCCCCUAGCAACCUCCGACGUUUCCGGUCUAGUUAAAGCUGUUACGUCGACGCACCAGAUGAUGCUCAAGUUGUUUAUCGACAGGGAGAUGUACACAUGCUUCAAACACGGGAAGAACAAGAUGGUGGCCCGAGCAGGCGACAACGUGCUGGUGGCGCAGACGACAGAGACGUGUGUGGUGGUGGCGCGAUCCCUGGAUGACACACCUGGUUCCUGUCUCUACGAGGUGGCCGAGUUUACUGACGCCCUGGCUGACCGGGGGUGGUGAAAGGAAAGGUGCAAAGUGGACGUGGUUUAAUAGUGCGGUCCCAAAUUUGGGGUGCAACUUAUCCUCAAAUAUCUCUUUAACGGGUGAAUCAGUGAAAUCCAUACUUUGCAUAA